UACAAUGUCAGGGUUUGACAACUUCAACGCAGACUUUUACCAGUCUAGUUACAGUGUGGAUGAUCAGAACCAGGCAGGAUAUGGCUACAGCGACACAGACGACCAGUAUGGACAGUAUGACUACCCCCAGCCAAUGGGCUACUCGGGGCCUCCGGGUGUGAUGCAGCCCCAGCAGCCGUACGCAGGACAGAUCUACCAGCCCACGCCAGCCUUCACGCCGGCCUCUCCACAGGCCAUGUACGGUAGCAGCUUUGAGGAUGAGCCCCCAUUGCUGGAAGAGCUGGGGAUCAACUUUGAGCACAUCUGGCAGAAGACUCUGACUGUGCUGCACCCGCUGAAGGCAGCAGAUGGCAGUAUAAUGAAUGAAACGGACCUGGCUGGUCCCAUGGUGUUCUGUUUGGCCUUUGGGGCGACGUUACUCUUGACGGGUAAGAUCCAGUUUGGUUAUGUGUAUGGUAUCAGUGCCAUCGGGUGCCUCGGCAUGUACUGCCUGCUCAACCUCAUGAGCAUGACGGGGGUGUCGUUCGGCUGUGUGGCUAGUGUCCUCGGUUACUGCCUGCUACCCAUGAUCACCCUGUCCAGUUUCGGGGUCCUCUUUUCCUUACAGGGCAUGUUGGGUAUGAUUAUAACAGCUACCAUCAUUGGUUGGUGCAGUUUUUCGGCCUCUAAGAUCUUCAUCUCUGCUCUGGCCAUGGAUGGACAACAGCUGCUGGUGGCGUACCCCUGCGCCCUGCUGUACGGAGUCUUUGCCCUCAUCUCUGUUUUUUGAACUCAACCUCUUUUAAUGGACAAAAUGAGCACCAGUACGCAACCUUUUAUUUGAAGACUGCUUUUGUAACACCCACCACACCACACACAUGCUCUCACUGAGUGUUUCCAGUGUGCAUCAUGUUCUGAGAGAAAGUGGAUUUGAUUUCUCCUGCAGUUUUUUUUUUUUUUUGCUCACCUACUCUGAGAAAUGUUCUUGCUUACAUAAUGCAGGUUAAAUUUUGAUUCUUGUUCUUUAAUGUGGACUACAUUCUUUUGUUCUUUCCAAAAUAGUUUUCUUUGACAGAGCCAGAAAUUAAAGUGUGUUUAUUGAAGAGAAGAAUGUGUAAUCAGUGCAGAGGGCACACCUCUCCUCCUACACAUCUUUAAUGCUUUUGUGUUUUAGGCAAACAACUCGCUCCAGAACGUUUUUUUGCAAACUACAGAAAUUGUUCUUUCUUGAAAAAUGUUCAUUACAUUCCUGAUUUGCUGUUGAUUUGUUUGGUCUGUGUUCAUUCAUACACUUGGGUCAGUAAGAGUGCCUACAUGUUCGCACAUUGUAAUUGUAGUAUUUGAUGAGUAAUUGAUGACAGUCUUUUAUUUUUUAAAGUUUUUUCAAAUAUUCUUCAUAUUUAAGACUUCAACGCAGACUGCUGCCAGUUUUGUGAGUUGAUUUAUUUUCUGAAUGCAUUUCACCCACUAACAGAAUCUCGUGUUUGCAGAUCAGUCUUCUGUAUGGUGAACCCUGAUGGCUGGAUCUUAUUUCCAUUUCUAAUUUAUUUACUUUCACACAUUUAUCUUUUGAAAUACACGAGGCAGAGUCGAGGUUAAAGCACUCAAAAUGAAUUAUUAAAGAGUCAAAUUGACAGAAAAAAAUCUUUCUGAUCGGUGGAUUGUAUGUAUGGGAGUUUUGUUCAUUUUAAGGUGCCACGACUGUCCUGUCUGUAUGAGAGUUAUAUUUAAAUACAAGGUAACUUUAUUUUGUAUGUCCAGAUGAAUACAAAUGUUUAUGGCAAUCCUGUCUUGUGGAAAAUCUGUGAGCAACUGGUAGGGUGUUCGACUUGUGCUGUUUCACGGGCCGUUUUAAUUCAAUAAAACUGCAACUUUUGUUGAAUUA